GCCUGUGGCAACACCCGGUGCGAACGGUUUCGACCAGACCGUCCGAUGCACGCGUCCGUUCGUCGGUGCUCUGGCCUGGUAGAUCAAGGGGGGGGGCCGGGCCCUGCCCUGCUGCGGAAGCAUGUCUUUGCCAAAGCCUCCAUCCAGUAUCGCAAAUGGCGAUUACACGGUGGAGAAGAUGUUGGGCGCCGGUUGCUUUGGGCAAGUCUGGCGUGGCUGGAAUAGGAACAAAGAUCUUCAGGUAGCCGUCAAGUUCGAGGACAAUCAAGGAAAGAGCAGUUCCUUACAGCUCCAUCAUGAGCAGGAAGUGCUCAGCCUCUUAGCAAACACCAGUCCACAAGGCUUUGCAAAGCUUCUGGCGUUCACGGUGGAGGGGAGGUUCUCAUGCCUCGUCAUGGAGAUGCUGGGCUUCUCCUUAGAGGAUCGUUUGCAGGGCUGCGGUGGGAAGUUCUCAGCCCCCACCUGCGUGCUCAUUGCAGAUCAAUGCCUCCGGCGCAUCGAGUAUUUGCACUCCUUAGGCAUCCUGCAUCGAGAUAUCAAGCCCGAGAACUUCAUGUUUGGCGUGAAGAACCGCAUCCAUGUGAUCCAUCUCAUUGACUUCGGCCUCAGCAAGCGGUACUACGAGGGGCGCCAUGCGGCCAUGAGGACGAACCUCAGCCUCACUGGGACGGCGCGCUAUGCCUCCAUCAACGCACACCGAGGUAUCGAACAGUCUCGACGUGAUGAUUUGGAGGCGAUUGGGCACAUGCUGAUGUGCUUCUUAAGAGGCACAUUGCCUUGGUCUGGGCUGCAAGCCAAGACACAGGAAGAGAAAUACCGGAAGAUUCGGGAGAAGAAGGAGCAAACACCUCUUGAAGAGCUCUGCGCCGACUUUCCUGAUGCCUUCCGGGUUUAUUUGGUGAAGGCCCGAGCUCUACAGUUCACCGACCGACCAGACUACAACGCCCUCAGGAAGUUGUUCAGCGAUCUUCGACAAGAGAUUGGCCCACAGGAGGACCAUGGCUUUCAGUUUCUGAAAGGAAGCUUAGGCUCCUUGGAGCCGUUGGAGAUCAAAGAGGACGUCGUUCAGCCGGACGAUCAGAUCGAAGUGAAAAGCAGCAGCGGUUGCUGUACCAUUUCCUGACCCGGCCCGGCCCCGGACAACGGCGCCGGCGGCGCCCCGUCGGUCGUCGGCGGGUGGGAACCGCAAGUCCAUGUCAUGAAAUCC